AUGUCGGUGCCCAAGUCGAGCUGGAUGCGCGAGAUCUACGUCAACGGCCUCGGCGGCACCACGCCGCUGGCCAGCACGACGUACGAGCUGCUACGUGCCAAGGCACAGGAGGUUCUCGAGCCCAAGGCGUACGCGUAUGUCGCCGGCAGUGCCGGGUCGGAGGAGACGGAGGCGAGCAACCAGAGCGCCCUGCGCGACUGGCAGAUCGUGCCACGCAUGCUCGCCGGCGUCGACCUGGCGCAGUUCGACUCGAGCGUGACGCUCUUCGGGCGGCGCUUCCCCACGCCGCUCGUCGUCUCGCCCAUCGGCGUGCAGGCACAGCUGCACAAGGACUGCGACGUCGCCACGGCCUCGGCGGCGCGCGAGCUCGGCAUUCCCUUUACGCUCUCCAGCGCCACGAGCACGCCGAUGGAGCAGGUCAUCACGGGCGCCGGAUACGACGAGGAGGGCGACGAAGGGCAGGAGGCCUGGUUCCAGCUCUACUGGCCCAGCGACGACGAUAUCACGCGCAGUCUGCUGGCACGCGCCAAGAAGGCCGGCUACAAGGUGCUCGUCGUGACGCUCGACACCUGGUCGCUCGGCUGGCGCCCGCGCGACCUCGACGCCGCGUACAACCCCUUCCUGCACGGCGAGGGCGUAGCCAACUGCUUCAGCGACCCCGUGUUCGUCGAGAAGUACUGCGAGGGCAAGUCGCCGCUGCGGAAAGAUGCAUCCGCCGACGACACUCAGGCUGCCUCGAUCGCAGCCAUCGGCCUGCUCACGCCUGGCAUCUCUCGCGCCUGGGCCGAUCUCGCGCUGCUGCGCGAGCUGUGGGGCGAUGCACCCAUCAUCCUCAAGGGCAUCCAGGCGCUGAGCGACGCCCAGCGCGCCGUCGAGGCCGGCAUGGAUGGCAUCUGGGUGUCCAACCACGGCGCGCGGCAGGUUGGCGGCGCCUGUGGCGCUCUGCAGGCCCUGCGGCCCAUUGCGCAGUACGCUCGCUCGCAAGGCAAGACGGUCAUUUUCGACAGCGGCGUGCGCACGGGCGCCGACGUGAUCAAGGCGCUGGCGCUCGGCGCCCACGCCGUCGGCGUCGGCCGGCCAUACGCCUGGGGCCUCGCCGUCGGCGGCGAAGAGGGCGUGGCCGAGGUGCUCAAGGGCCUGCUCGCCGACUUUGAGCUCACCGCCGGCCUGUCGGGCCACCGCAGCCUCGCCGACAUUGGCGCACACUCGCUCAUCCGCCGGGGCGAGGAGGCGAGACUGUAG